UGAUCCCAUAGGCGAGCUGCUUUAUUCACUGUCAAAUUAACCAAUUAUAAUGCAUCUUGCAUUCAUAAAUGCAAGGAAUAAUAAAUCCAUGCCAACUUGUUGAAUGGCUCCACUAUCUUUUUUCAACCGACAAUAAUUAAUGCUUCUCUUCCUCCCCAUCCUUACUCUUCAAUGUAUUAUUAAUAGGAAUAAUUGAUACUACCAUCUAUCUCCUUUAAUCUUAGAUCCGUCUGUUUGUUUGUUUUUUUUUUAAUCUUUUUUUUUCCUGCUCUCUAGGCUGAGAGUAUAUAGAUAACAAGUACAGGCCUUUUCCAGUACUUGAAAAUGACUCAAGAUCUUCAGAAUCUUGAUAUUCCAUGGAAGAUCAGGCUCUCCAUGUACGCUCUCUGCCUCGGCUUUGACAUCUCCCGUCGUUCCAAUGGCACUAUCAAUCGAUUUCUUAUGAAUUUCUUCGAUUUCAAAUCAUUUCCAUCCAAGAAACCAAUCAAUGGUGUCUCAACUACCGACGUCAGCGUUGAUAAAGCUCGCAACCUCUGGUUUCGCCUCUAUACUCCUACUCCCGCAGGAGAUACUACCAUGCCGGUUAUUUUCUACUUCCACGGUGGUGGCUUUUGCUAUAUGUCACCUCAUUCAAGGCCUUAUAAUUACUUCUGCGACCAACUUGCUCGUGAGCUCUCAGCCAUUAUCAUUUCGGUCAACUAUCGGCUUGCUCCAAAGCAUCGUUAUCCGGCCCAAUACGAAGAUUGUUUCGAUACUAUAAAGUUCAUAGAUGAAACCGGAGUUGAAGGCUUUCCAAGUCAUGCCAAUCUGAAACAUUGUUUUCUUGCAGGAGACAGUGCAGGAGGCAAUAUAGUUUAUCAUGUUAUGGUAAGAGCCAGAAAACAUGAAUUUCGCAGUAUAAAACUCAUAGGAGCUAUGCUAAUCCAGCCAUUUUUUGGAGGAGAAGAACGAACUGAAUCUGAGAUAACUCUUGACGGCCAAGUUCCAUUCGUUAAUAUCGAGCGUACAGACUGGAUGUGGAAGGCUUUCUUGCCAGAAGGGUCGGACAGGGACCAUCCUGCCGCAAAUGUUUCCGGUUGUAAUUCGGUUGAUAUUUCGGGACUGGAAUUUCCUGCGAGUGUUAUUUUUGUUGCAGGGUUUGAUCCAUUGAAGGACUGGCAAAAGAGGUAUUACGAGGGACUGAAGAAAUAUGGAAAAGAAGCAUAUUUGAUCGAGUAUUCUGACACUUUCCAUGCAUUUUAUGCUUAUCCUGAGCUUCCUGUGUCUUCUUUGCUCAUCAAGGACAUGAAAGAUUUUAUGCAAAAGCAAUUAUUAGCAGCAAAUAAAUGAUUGUGUGUGUAAAUUGUCCUUCAAGUUGGAUUACAGACAGAAGCCCGCAUGGCUUUCUUCUGCCGUGUUACAAAUGAUGUCAAUGUGAAUGAGAAUAGUAGAUGGGCAGCACCCUUGUUGAAUACUGAUGUAACCAUUAUGAAAGAUCGAGGGCUGUCCUUUGCUAUCAUGAAGGGAAAGUCCUGUAACUAAUAUAAAAAAUAACGCAGACGAAGUGCAAACCAGAGGAUGCUAAAGGUUGACACUCUGAUUGUUCUUGCCUCUUUGCAAUGGAUAAAUGUUAUGGUGGAGAGUGAUUCCUUAAUCUCGUUAAUAGCCUUACUCAAAAUGUGCACGGUUACCAGCAGUUUCUUCAGAUUUUGGAGGACAUUCAUCGUCUUUAUUCUAGUUUUAAUGUUUUUUCUUUUGCUUUUCGUUAAAUGUACGUGCAACCAUGUUAUUAGCUAAAGUUAGCUAUUGUGUUAGUCCAAGGGCUAUUCCUAUGUCUAUUCAA